UCCUUGACCUAGCUGAUGGGGCGCCGACGCGGCCCUUGUUCCCUCCUCCUCCAGUGGCGGGGAUUGACGGUACUGUGCAAGCGAAAGCGACGACGCACACGCGGCAGAGGAAAGAAAUCGACCUCAACCUCAACCUCAACCUCAACCUCGGAGAAUGCUUCUUUUACUACGGCGGCGGAGUCAAUACCCCGUACAGGUACAGAUCCCAACCAUGGAGAGACGAUCUUGGUACUGUUUGAGACGCCCUCUGGCUUUGCAAUUUUCUGUUUCAAGGAGGACUACCUUAAAGAACCGAAUAUCUGGGAAAUCUUUGGCGAGCAUUUUAGGACAAAAGGGAUCGUAUGGCUGAAAGAGUUUCAAAUUUUCAAGGACAAGUCCAGUGCCAUUGAUAAUGGUACUGGUGUCAGUAGGGAGCUUACUGAGAUGAUAUCACGCUGUCACCACCCUUGCCAGAAAUUGGCCGUUGGAAAACCUGAAUAUAAAACAAUCAUCGAAACAAGCUUGCCGGGUGUACAUUGCCUCUUCGACGAAACUGUGAUGGAGGUGAUGUGGGGCCUAAAACAUCUCAUGCAUAGUUUAGUUCCCCAGGAAAAACUGACGCUCACAAAGGAGGAUCGCUUGCCAAUGAGCCAAGGACUAAAAAUGUUCCUGUAUCAUUAUGGCUUUGAUGUCAAACCGGAGUUGGUUAAUGAGCAGGUUGUUAAUGCGGCAUGCCUCUUGCGUGAUGCUGGAUUGAUCAUGGAGAGCCACUCUGAACAACUGCGCUGGGCUGCUGGCCAGUUGAAGGAAGUGUCUGGCAUUAACCCGGAAGGCUGGUCCGCGAUGAAGACGGCGACGGCUCUGACGAUCAUGUUUGACACUGUAGAAAUAACUGACGAUGAGAUGGAGGUAAUGUUUUGUAAAUGAUUAACAUUUUAUUGAAUUUUGUCAUUCAUGCAAUUCAAUACACCCUUUCUUUCAAAUUUUUACUGAACAAGAGUUAUCAACCCUGGAGAUGACUUGCCAUAAAUAUGAGGAUAUUAUUUACAAGGACUUUAGCCUGAAGAUCCACAGUGAUCUUGUGGAGAUGCGUGAAGUUAAGAAGGAUGCCCUGGGAGCACUGGGCUUCUUGCUUGGAUCAAGCGCGUGAUGAGAUAAAGCCGAUACUUUUCUAGUUAGUAUGUGGGUAGAAGUGAUCCUGGGUGGUGAGGCUGCCACUGCCCAUCCAAGAACGAAGUGUUGGACAAUGUGUGUUUGUGUUUUAGUAAUAUCGACUCUGA